AGCAAAACAUCAACAGGUUUAGUUCUAAGAAGCUGGAACAACAACAACAACAACAACACACAGAUGCCUGUCUCUACCACAGCACAUGUCAUUCAAACUGGUUCCCCAGAGAAACGGCACCGCCAUCAACUACCCUCGCUCAUUAUGGCUCCCUGGUCUUUCUACCCUGAACUUCUAGUUUCAACGCCUGUGAUUAGUCAGUCAUGUUCUUCAUCGAAAAUCUCCUCACCAAUCAGCGUGGAAUCACGCCGCGUCUCAUCUUCUCCUCACAUUGCUACCUCACCAUACCACUUGACCGCACCAUCAAUACCCAGAACAUUGCCUUCCCCGAGUCUUCAGCACCAUAGUCCUGUGUCAUCUCCUCAUGCCAAUCCUGCAAUGGCCACCACUGCUACAGCUGUACAGGCCAACAACAUCUGGGCAAACAACUCAACCGGAUACAACUCGUCCGUCGCAGUAGCAGCAGCAGCUGCUGUUGCUGCCGCUGCUGCUGCCGCCGCCAGUGACCAAGACAUGCCCUUAAAUCUGUCCAAGCCAAGAUAUGAAAUGAAGCUGGAGAAAUCUUCAUCCGAAGACUCUGUGAAUCUGAGUGCCUCUCAGUCAAAGGUAGAAGCUAUUAUAACUCCACCCCCCGCUCAUAGUAACCAUCAACAACGUCUGCCAUUAACAUCUUCCCCUACAGAAAUGUCCGCUUUGGUUGGUAGCCGGACACCAUUUGGGGUUGCUCCACCGCCUCAGUACGUGAGCAGCCCGUACCUUGGUCUUCCUAACCAUGCUGCAGUUCCUGUUGGACUGUCCCUCAAUAAUCUUUCACCACAUACAACAAGUUUAAAUGGGAAACCUUCACCGUCGGAAUCAGAAAAGGACAGUUUGGUCCAAGAGGUUCUCGUCAGACAGCUCUCUCAGAAUGUUAACAACCAAGUAUUUCCAAUGCACUUACCCAUGUAUGCAGUUCCUUCAACAACAAUGCCUCAAUUAUCGCAGCUGGCUGCAUGCAAAGACAACAGGGUUAUGAUGCCUGCGGAGAUGUCUCAUGAAGAGAAUCACACCUAUGUCCAACAUUUGCAGAGCAAAAUGUUUGGUGCCAAAAUCAUCCGUGCUCAUAAAGAGAAACCUGACCCAAGCAAGCCCCAUGUAAAACGACCAAUGAAUGCAUUCAUGGUAUGGGCAAGAGAAGAGAGAAGGAAAAUUCUGAAAGCAUGUCCUGACAUGCAUAAUUCUAACAUUAGCAAGAUUUUGGGGGCCAAAUGGAAAGCUAUGUCUAAUGCUGAGAAACAACCGUAUUAUGAAGAACAAUCUCGUCUAAGCAAGUUACAUAUGGAGAAACAUCCAGAUUACCGGUAUCGACCAAGGCCAAAAAGAACAUGCAUAGUAGAUGGGAAGAAACUGCGGAUAUCAGAAUAUAAAGCUUUGAUGAAAAGUCGAAGACAAGACAUCCGACGAGUUUGGUACAAUGAAAGUGGAACAACUUAUGUGGAAGAUGUGGCAAUGCUGAACAAAUCUCUAGGAAAUGAAAUUUCGUUAGAAAAUAGUAAAUAUGGCACUCUUUGGCCAGGAAGUGAAAAUAGCUCACCCUAUGACACCAACCAAUUACUAGGGUCCAAUAUGUCUGGUAAAGAUGGCAAAGAUUCAGAAUUCCAGGGUAAACUCAAAUCCGAUGAAACAAACAGUGAAGACGGAGAUGGCAGCGAUAUUAACGAUAUUAUGUCCGAUGUGAGUCUGGACGCUUCAUACAGCACGGCUGGCAGCAAUAGUUCACACAUGCAGCUCGGCGAAGUUGCAGCAUCUGUAUCAUAGCCAACAACAUCAAUACACAACAACAGAACCUGAAUUUAAUAGGACUGACUGUCUGUCUGUCUGUCAGUGUGUGUGUGUGUGUCUGUCUGUCUGUGCUCUCUGAUUUGACAAUAUGGCCCAAGGUGACUGAGAAUCUGAGCAGGCCAUGACAAAAAAGUAGGGAAAAACAUGACAUUUGGAAA